AUGUCCAAGACCAAGGCCACUACCAAGGGUGCCGACAAGGGCAGCAAGGCCUUGAACAAGGUCAAGGAUUCUGGCGUCACCAAGGCGUCCCAGUCUCCCGCCGCCAAGAACAAGGUUGUGGCUCGUAAGGUUGCUGCCAAGGAGGAGAAGGCGCAGCGCAAGAACAAGAAGAAGGAGCCUACUCCCAGCAGCUCCGAGUCUGAGUCUGACUCUGAUGAGGAGAUGGACUCCAGCUCCAGCAGCGAGAGUGAGGAGGAGAAGCCUGCUCCCAAGAAGAAUGCCAAGGACACCAAGAAGCCCGCCAAGAAGGAGGAGUCUUCUUCGGAGUCCGAGUCUGACAGCGAUGAGGAUAUGAAGGAUGCCUCUAGCAGUGAGAGCGAGAGCGAGAGCGAGGAGGAGAAGCCUGCUCCCAAGAAGGACGCGAAGAAGCCGGCGGCCAAGGCCGAGUCUUCCUCUGAGUCCGAGUCCGAGUCCGCGUCCGAGUCCGAGUCCGAGUCUGAAUCGGAGGAUGAGAAGCCUGCUAAGAAGGAGGUCAAGAAGACGGCUGCUAAGGACGACAGCUCCGACUCGUCUGACUCUGACUCUGACUCGUCCGAAUCCGAGGAUGAGGCUCCUGCUAAGGCUAAGGAUGCCAAGAAGUCUAAGAAGGAAUCCUCCGACUCGUCCGACUCUGACAGCUCUGAAUCUGGAUCCGACUCCGACUCCGAGUCUGAGGACAGCGAGGAGACCGCCAAGAGCUCUAAGAAGCGCAAGGCUGAUGAAGAGCCUGCCGCCUCUGCUAAGAAGUCCAAGACUGAGGCUCCCGAGGGUGCUUCGGCCAACCUCUUCGUCGGUAACUUGUCCUGGAACGUCGACGAGGAGUGGCUCCAGCGUGAAUUUGCCGAGUUCGGUGAGCUGGCUGGCGUCCGGGUUGUGACGGAUCGCGAGUCGGGCCGCUCUCGUGGCUUUGGCUACGUCGAGUUCGCCAGCGCUGCCGACGCUGCCCAGGCUUUCGAGGCCAAGAAGGGUGCCGAACUUGACGGUCGUGCGAUCAACCUGGACUACGCUGCUGCUCGUCAGUCCAACAACCAGCAGGGCGGCCAGGACCGUGCUCAGGCUCGUGCCCGUUCCUUCGGCGACCAGACCAGCCCGGAGAGCGAGACUCUGUUCGUGGGCAACCUGCCCUUCAGCGCCACUGAGGACGCUCUGCACGAGCUCUUCGGCUCCAGCGGCGGCGUCCAGGGCAUCCGUCUGCCGACCGAGCAGGAGACCGGUCGUCCCAAGGGCUUCGGCUACGUCCAGUUCUCGUCGGUGGACGAGGCUCGCCAGGCCUUCACUGACCUGCAGGGCCACGAGCUCGAGGGACGUGCCCUCCGUCUUGACUACAGCACCCCCCGUCCCAACAACGGUGAGCGCGGCGGCCGUGGUGGCUUCGGCGGCCGUGGCGGUGGCCGCGGUGGCUUCGGUGGUCGCGGUGGUGGCCGUGGUGGUGGUGGUCGCGGUGGUGGUGGCCGUGGUGGCUUCGGUGGCCGCGGCGGUGGCAUCAACAAGGGCAAGGGCAGCAUCCCUGAGUACAAGGGCACCAAGGUUACCUUCUAG